AUGACAAUAACCAUCGGCGUGCUCGCCUUGCAAGGCGCCUUUCUGGAGCAUCUGGUUCUACUACGCAAGGCAGCUGAGUCACUGGAAGAAAAGGACAAAUUUACGUUUCUCGAAGUCCGUAAUCGGGAUGAGCUGGCACGCUGUGAUUCAUUGAUCAUUCCAGGUGGCGAGAGCACCACUAUCUCCUUUGUGGCUGCUCAGUCUGAUCUGCUUGAGCCGCUGCGCCAGUUUGUCAAGGUCGACCGAAAGCCGACUUGGGGAACAUGCGCUGGGCUGAUCCUGCUGGCCGAAGCCGCCAAUGCCACCAAGAAAGGCGGCCAGGAGCUGAUUGGUGGCCUAGACGUGCGCGUCAACCGCAACCACUUCGGGCGGCAAAUCGAAAGCUUUCAAGCCAGUCUGGACCUCAAGUUCCUCGGUGCAUCGCAUACUGGAUUCCCAGGAAUCUUCAUCCGUGCUCCGAUUGUCGAGAAAAUUCUGCCUAACGUCUCCGGCGAACAGACAGGAGAGCAGCAGAUUACCGACACGGUGGUUGCUCCAUCCCGUGCUGCCAGGGAUGACAAGGCCAAGGCUGCCAUGAGUUCCGAGGUUGAAAUCAUGGCGACGCUGCCAGGACGCUUACGCAAAGCCGCUGAGCAUGGUGCAGAAGUAAGCGCGGGCGACGAAAUAGGCGAUAUCAUUGCCGUCCGUCAGGGCAAUGUCUUCGGAACCAGCUUCCACCCCGAGUUGACAUCGGACAUCCGCAUCCAUGCUUGGUGGUUGCAGGAGGCAUCAAGAGCGCUUUCGCAGAGCUCCUCGUAG